AUGCGCGGCAUUCUUGGGGCCGUCGCCGCCGCCGUGCUGCUAACCUUCUCCCCUUUAUUAGCGGAAGCGCACUCAACCAAGAGAAAUGCUCUAAGCUACAUCAGUCGCGUGGACGACCCAAUCCUGCACACGCCUUCGCAUCGUGUUCAUGCCCACUCUUCCUUCGAACUUACCUUCUUGCUGCAUGGCGCCAACGACAAGGUGCGCUUGACACUGCAGCCUAAUUAUGAUGUCUUGUCCGAUGAUGCGACAAUACAAUAUCUAAACGCCGAUGGAUCCAUCAGACAUGAGGAACCAAUAUUAAGGUCGGACCACAGAGUCUUCAAGGGUGACACAUUUGUCAAGCACCCGGACCAUGGAGAGUGGCUGAAGGCUGGAUGGGCGCGCAUGUCGGUCUAUCGCGAUGGCGCCAACCCCAUAUUCGAGGGAACAUUCAGGCUAGAUGGAGUCAUUCACCACGUACAAACUAGCACCAAUUAUCGAAAGACGCAACACCAUGAAGACCCCGUGGCCGAAUUCUCCAGGGACGAAUACAUGGUUGUAUGGAGGGAUUCCGAUGUGCUGCCCAGUCAUAACGCGGUCGGCGAACUGAAGCGUGGUCUUGGUGAUUCGAGCUGCGAUUCGGAUCAUUUGAGCUUCAACACUGAUCUUGAUCAUCCCAUCUUUACUGGCAUAGACCUCAGCUCCAUGUCCCCCGCUGGCGGCCAUGAUCUAUUUGCUCGAGACGACGACACGCCCACUGGUGGUAAUGGUGCUGGUGUAAACCUCGCCAGCACCAUUGGCUCGACGGACGGCUGUCCAACCUCUCGCAAAGUGGCAUUGGUGGGAAUCGCCACCGAUUGUACCUAUACCGCCGAGUUCGACAACAAGGAGGAUGCAAGAAGCAACAUCAUUCAAAUGGUGAGUGCUGCAUCCGAGGUCUAUGAAAGCACAUUCAACAUCUCUCUGGGCAUUCAUGAUCUUGUCGUGAGUGAUGCAUCGUGUCCCGGCACUGCGCAAGAAACCGCUCCAUGGAACGUGGCCUGUAGCGACAGCGUCACCAUCAGCAACCGCCUCAGUCUCUUCUCGGCCUGGAGAGGACAGCGCAAUGAUACCAACGCGUACUGGACGCUGCUGAGUACGUGCAACACAGAUUCUGCCGUUGGUCUGGCGUGGCUGGGUCAGCUUUGCGUCGUUGGCACGGGUGAUGGCAACGAUACCACUUCUGGCGCCAAUGUGGUGGUCAGAACCUCGACAGAAUGGCAGGUUUUUGCUCACGAGAGCGGCCACACUUUUGGUGCCGUCCAUGACUGUAUCUCCUCCACAUGCUCGGACGGUUCCGUAUCGAUGCAGCAAUGCUGCCCGCUAAGCAGUUCUUCAUGCAAUGCCAACGGAAAGUACAUGAUGAACCCAUCUACAGGCUCGGACAUUACACAAUUUUCCCCAUGUAGUAUUGGCAACAUAUGCUCUGCACUGCAACGGAACAGUGUCAGAUCAACGUGCUUGACCAACAAUAAGGAUGUCGUCACUAUCACCGGAAGCCAGUGCGGCAACGGAAUCGUCGAACAGGGAGAAGACUGUGACUGCGGGGGCGAGGAUGGCUGCGGAGAUAACACUUGUUGUGACGCCACGACAUGUAAAUUCACAUCGGGCUCGGUCUGCGACCCCUCGAAUGAGGACUGCUGCUCGUCACAAUGCCAAUUCAAAUCAUCGACUGAAGUGUGCAGGGCUAGCACAGGUACAUGCGAUCCCGAAGAGACUUGUACAGGCACCACGGCAACAUGCCCCGAAGACAAGGUCGCAGACGAUGGAACAUCUUGCGGCUCGGAUGGCGCCGGCCUUACUUGUGCAUCUGGCCAAUGCACAUCCCGAGACUUGCAGUGCAGGACAGUGGUGGGAGCCCUGACUACGGACAAUAGCACUGCAGCAUGUAACUCCCAGGGCUGUCUUUUAUCGUGUUCCUCGUCACGCCUGGGCUCAAACACAUGCUACAACCUGAACCAAUACUUCCUGGAUGGAACCCCAUGCCAAGGUGGUGGCAAGUGCAGCAACGGCAAAUGCGAGGGCUCAAACAUUGCAGACGAGGUUGGUGGGUGGCUCAAGGACAACAAGAAUGUUGUGAUACCCGUUGCAUCAGUCGUGGGCGGCCUUCUCCUGCUUGCGAUUUGCUGCUGCUGCUGGAGUCGCUUUCGAGGAAGAAAACGUCCCAAGACAGUACGGCCUCUGCCAAAUCAGGGCUGGCCGCGUGGAGGGCCACCGCCAGGUUGGGCUGGGGCGAAUAUGCCACGAUCGCAGCCUCGUGGUCCUGGCAGCCAAAUGGAUCGCGGAAUGCCGCCACCCUACGCACCUUAUGGCCAACAGCCUAUGAGCCGUAUACAAACAGCACGAUACGCCUAG